GAACGAUUCGUUCACGAACUGCACAUCACUACACCACAGGGAUACGUUUGGCGAUACAGUAAUCAUUGCUGGAAGAGUCUUGGCUUACAUCGAACGAAAUUCAACGUUAUCACUGAAAUAACAACUAAAUCGUAUUUCCAAGGGUUUUUUCAAGUUUACCAUGGCGGCAAGUGACGCCGAUUCGACUGACCUGCUACCGUUGAUGGGCUCUCUUUACACGGACAGAAGAAAACACAUUAUGGAAUCAUCCAAAUUGUCCAGAAGCUCCAAACACCACCAGUCACGAUCAAGGUCGCGCUCCGUUGACCGAAAGCGCAAAUCAAGUGACAAAAAGCACAGACGAAGUCGGAGCAGGAGCAAAGAGGCACGAAGGAGGGAUUCUGAGAAACCAUCAAAAUCUCACAGCAAGCUGAGUGAGCAGCCAGAGCAGACUGAGAGGGGCAGGGAGAGACUGUCUGCUGAAAAUGGGGAAGACCGACACCGGCGCAAAGAUAAGAAGGGCCGGAGCCACUCCAGAUCACACUCACGUGACAGACGUCAUCGCAGUAGAAGUCGGGAGAAAAGGAGGUCGCGGUCCCCACGGGAUAAGAAGAAGAGGGGCAGGUCCCGGUCAGGUUCAAAGACCAAACAUCGUCAGCGAAGCAGGAGUAAAAGCAGGGAACGGAAGAAGAAGACUGAAAAAGUGCGACGGAAAGAGAAGAGUCGUAGCAGGUCUGUAAGCCCCCCGGCUUUUCGGGGCAGGAACACUGCCAUGGACGCACAGGAAGCCCUGGCCAGAAGGUUGGAAAGGGCAAAGAAACUCCAGGAGCAGAAGGAAAAGGAGAUGCUGGAAAAACAGCAACAGGAUGUACCUGCAGUACCAGCUCCCCUGCUGACUGACACAGUAGUGGCUGCGGCGGCAGCUGCUGCGGCUGCUGCUGCUGCCUCCAACCCGGUCCUCAACGUGGCAGCUCUCCUGGCCUCUGGGACCCAGGUCACCCCCCAGAUUGCCAUGGCCGCUCAGAUGGCAGCCCUACAAGCCAAAACCUUAGCAGAGACUGGCAUUGCUGUGCCCAGCUAUUAUAAUCCCUCUGCUGUCAAUCCUAUGAAGUUUGCUGAGCAGGAGAAGAAGAGAAAGAAGCUUUGGCAGGGAAAGAAGGAAGGAGACAAGUCCCAGACAGCUGAGUUGUGGGAGAAGCUGAACUUUGGAAAUAAGGACCAAAAUGUUAAAUUUCGUAAACUAAUGGGCAUCAAAGGAGAAGAGGAAGGUGAGGCCUCAAAGCCACUAAAUGACGAAGGCCUGAAGACCCUGCAACAGCAGGAAGAGAUGUUCCAUAACCUUGAUGUCCAGUACGAGAUGGCCCGGUCACAGACCCACACUCAAAGGGGCAUGGGACUAGGCUUUGGCUCUUCAUUCUCACGGGGCAUGGACACCAUCUAAUCCCAAACCAUGCACUGGCUUGUCCUUGCUUUCUUCCUCAUAUAGGUCUCGCCACUCACAGCUAGCACUCACGCUUGCAUGGAUGUUGUUGCAUUGGGUCUGUAAUAAUUUAUUUAGAAACAAUCUCACAUCUUGGAACAUUCUCAUGUAAAUAGAUAGAAAUCUGUACAUCUUUCCAGAAUUAUGCAAUAGUUUGACUGAUCCUGGCUGGAUUUAGAGUUCUGUUGUGAUUGCAUAUCAGUUUCUUUUUUUUACUAAACUUGUAUAUUUCUGAUGGUUUGACAUGGAACAAUAUGUAGAUGAAGUGAAAUAAUUCUGUUUACAUUCAUUUACCAAGAGGCUUUCAAAAUUGAUCUGAAUUCUAAUCAAUUUGUAGCAUUUAUCUUUCUACUGAAUUGAAAUGUAAGACAGUGGAUACUAGUAAAAUGUCUACCAGCUGACAGCAUCAUGGAAGGAACAAAAACAACAUACUGUUACAUGUCCUUGAAAUUAAAGUCUCUAUGUUGAUUAAGUC